GUACAGUCUUGGCAUCUUCCUCCCGAAUUCUUCCUUGUUUCCCUUUGCGCAUGGCGGUCCUCUCCCUUCUUCGUCAUCAUUCUUCACCUUCUCCAUAAUUACUGUGAUCGAUUUGCACGAACCCCUUUCUCUUUUUUCUGAUAUUUUCUCUCUCCUAGAUCAGCUCCAGAUCAUUCAUUCAGUCACAGGUUGCAGAGCGAACCAUUGAGAGGGGGGAUUGAUAGGAAAAUUUCCAACUUUUUUGUGCGCUAUUCCAGUUGAUGGUGGAGAUUCUAAUUAAGCUGGUGGACUAGAAGCUGUUAUUGGUUGUUUUGAUUUGAAUUUAGGGUUCUUCUCUUAUGGGUGGCAUGAAUAUAUGAUUUUCCUUUAAUCUCUUGGAUGAAGAAUCUAUAUAUGUUUACACUGUUGAAAUUUGUGAAUUUGAGUUUUCCAGAAUUUUUUAGUACAUGGUUUGAGUGGGAACUCCAUGUGUAAUAGAAGAAUAGUUGAUCCUGAAAAACAAGAUAAUCAGCACUUGAUGGAUACUCCUUCCUCAACUGCACCCUCUGCCUUUGGUUCCAAUCCCAGUUCUGCACCUGGGUCUACCACUGGUUCCAAUGAUGAAGUGCCUCGUGUAAAAUUCUUGUGUAGCUUUUUGGGGAGCAUUUUGCCUCGACCCCAGGAUGGGAAACUGCGUUAUGUUGGUGGAGAGACACGGAUUGUGUGCUUGCCCAGAGAUAUAACUUACGAGGAGUUGAUGAGUAAGAUGAGGGAGCUUUAUGAAGGGGCGGCAGUGUUGAAGUAUCAACAACCUGAUGAAGAUCUUGAUGCUUUAGUGUCAGUUGUGAAUGAUGAUGAUGUAACUAACAUGAUGGAAGAGUAUGAGAAGUUGGGUUCAUGUGAUGGAUUCACUAGGCUUAGGAUUUUUUUGUUUUCACAUCCCGAGCAAGAUGGUUCAUCACAUUAUGGUGAUGGUGAUGAGAGGGAGACUGAGAGGAGGUAUGUUGAUGCUUUGAAUAGUUUAAAUGAGGGCUCUGAUUUUAGGAAAUGUGAGUCUCCCAUUGCAACUCCAAUUACAGACGGCAUCCAUUUAGCUGAACAACUCUUCAACCCAAUGAACAUUGAUGGUGGCUUACAUAACCAAUGGCCUGCUGAGAUGUCAAUGCCACCCUAUAACUUGCAUCACCUUUCUAUUCCUCGAAUAGGGUCUGGGCAACUUCAGCUACCUGCUUCUCAGAGAUGCAAUGAAAUGGAAGGUUCAUGGAGUCCUGCUUUUUAUUCUCCUAGGCACCAUGGACACCAUGAUCCUAGAACAUUAUCAGAUUUUCCAGCAUCACCAUCUGCUGGCCACUACCGGGUACCAUUUCCAGAGAUACCAGAUAAAUACUUGGACAGAAUGCCUGAAGAAUAUGUUCGGCAGCAAUUAAAUCCUCAUCCCACUUAUGAACACCAUCCCCAAUUUUCAGAUAAUGUAGUAUGGAUGCCAACUGGAGCUAUUUCUGGUGACAAGGCUGGGUUUACUGGGAAUGUACUUCAUGGUCUCAACCUGUAUGAAGGAAACAAUGUCUGUGAGCACUGCCGUGCUACUUUCAAUAGACAUCAACCUCACUUGGAGCAUCCCAGCAUGGGAAAUGGAGUUCCACAGAUUGCUAAUCCCUGUGCUGAGUGCUCCCCAAGCCGGGAAAGUUAUAUGGUGAAUGCAGAUUCCAACUUGCACAUUGCAAUGUACCCAAAGGAUCAAAGGGAUGCUCGAUCUCCUUACAGUGAAAUGCAGAGUCAUGAAAGAGGUUGGGUUCUGCCACAUCAACUAAAUCCUUGUGUUGAAGAUACAAGAAAUCAUGCACCUGUAGCUGGAAAACUGAAUGAUCACUGCAUUGUGGAUGGUCCCACUAUGAAUUUCCCUCAUGGACAUGGUAAUUUAGCAGAUGCUCAUCAUAUGCCCUCAAACUAUGUUCAUCACCGACCUGGACCUGACAUGGGAACUGAUGUUUUUCAUGAUCAAGCUUUGGUUACCCCAUCCCACUUACACAUUCCUCCUGAAGAACGUGGUUUUCGGUAUGGGAAUUAUCCUUAUGCAUAUGGAGGUGAUAAUCUUUACCCAGCAUCACAUGGACAUGUGCAUGGACAAACUUUAUGGAGAAAUGUUCAGAACACUGGUCUCAGUGCUCCGCGUUAUGAAGCAUCCAUUUUACCACAGCAUACUAACAGCACGGUAAACUCACCAUUUCUUAGGGAUACAGCGGAGGGCAUUGGAAGAUUUUGUGUUGGGGUGGAUAAUCAAAAUACUUGGGCCAAAUCCUCACAGAAAAUGCUGGGGCUUGAUGGAACUGUUAUUUCAGAGCAUUCUUAUGCUCAUCCAUUGAAGUUGAACACAAUCCCCAAUGGUCGGGAAAAUCCACAGUUGUUCCCUCCACCCCAAGAGCCCAUUCAAUCCUCCCAUGACAUGCUAAACUUGGCCACUUCUACAGAACCUGGGCAGUUGUCUGAUCCACCACCAACUUUAAUUCCAGAUAAAUCUGCUUCAGGUAAAAGUAGAGAAUCACAAAAUGAUUCCAAUGCCACUGGAGCAGUGGCAAUGGAAGAGAAAAGUGUUCCUGUGGAAGGAAAGGAAGUAUGCCUUGUAGAGAAGAUUGAAAACUCUGAAGUACCAAGCAUACCUUCUAUGGAACCGUACAAGGUUGCAGAUAUUGAAUCUAAGAUAUCUUCCAGUGAGUCGAGCAACUCAAAUUGCUUAAGGCCUGCUGAAGAUUGUGGUGAUGCUGUGACACCUGGCAAAACAGAUGCUUGUGCUCUGGAAAAUUCAAACCUAUCCAUUAAUAAUCUAAGUUUCCUACCUGAGUUGAUUGCUUCUGUUAAGAAGGCUGCACUAGAAGAGGUUGAGGAAGUUAAAGCUAAAGUUGAUGAUGGUGAUUCUGUCAAGAAAGAUUCAAUUGAAAAAGAAGUAGCUGCCAAUGAACUUGAAUCAGCGAAUGCAUGUGGUGAAUUGGAGAUGGAAUGUGAUAAUGAAAACCUAAAUACUUCUAAGAUUGAGCCAACAAAAGCUGAGGCAGAAGCAAUUGCAAGAGGCUUACAGACAAUAAAAAAUGAUGACCUGGAGGAAAUCCGAGAAUUAGGUUCGGGAACAUACGGAGCUGUUUAUCAUGGGAAAUGGAAGGGUUCUGAUGUGGCAAUUAAGAGAAUUAAAGCCAGCUGCUUUGCUGGGAGACCUUCUGAAAGAGAACGUUUGAUUGCAGAUUUCUGGAAGGAAGCUUUGAUAUUGAGUUCAUUGCAUCAUCCAAAUGUUGUUUCUUUCUAUGGUAUUGUACGUGAUGGUCCUGAUGGAUCUUUAGCCACUGUCACAGAAUUCAUGGUCAAUGGAUCUUUGAAACAAUUUUUGCGGAAGAAAGACAGAACAAUUGAUCGUCGUAAGAGACUCAUUAUAGGAAUGGAUGCAGCAUUUGGGAUGGAGUACUUGCAUGGAAAGAACAUUGUACAUUUUGAUUUGAAAUGCGAAAAUCUGUUGGUAAAUAUGAGAGAUCCACAACGCCCAGUUUGCAAGAUUGGUGAUUUGGGCUUAUCAAAGGUCAGACAACACACUUUGGUGUCUGGAGGUGUUCGUGGGACGUUACCCUGGAUGGCACCUGAGCUUUUAAGUGGUAAAAGUAACAUGGUAACUGAAAAGAUAGAUGUUUAUUCUUUUGGGAUUGUUAUGUGGGAGUUACUCACAGGGGAAGAACCUUAUGCUGAUAUGCAUUGUGCUUCUAUAAUUGGAGGUAUUGUCAACAACACAUUACGUCCAAAAAUUCCAUCAUGGUGUGAUCCUGAAUGGAAGGCUUUGAUGGAGAAGUGUUGGGCAUCUGAUCCGUCAGAAAGGCCAUCGUUUUCAGAAAUUUCUCAGAAGCUGAGGAACAUGGCUGCUGCAAUCAAUGUAAAAUAAUUCUCACACUAAAGCAGUAGAUUACAUGUCUUGCAUGCUACUAGGGAAAAGGAAAAUAAGCCCAGUUAUUGCAGUAUAUGGUCAUCUACUUGUGUUAUGAUAAUAAAUAGCUGCAGUGCCUUCUGUCAUCUUCAUCGGAUCCAUUGCAUUACUGCCAUUAGAUCUCUCCAGAAAAUGCACUCUGGACUGGAUCAUACUUGGGAAGAUGACAUGACAAUCCAAAGACGGUGAUGGAUGACCAAUCAGAAUGGUUUUGCUACAUUGGAUCUGACCCAAGAUGGCAGUAUACUAUCUGGAAAUGCUUCUAUCUUUUAAGGUGGGACUAUAAUUUCUUUUGAAGAUCUUGUAUAUAAGUUAAAUGGUAAUGAGUGUGAACAGUAAUGCAUAGAACUUCUGAAAUUCAAGAUAAACUAGGACCCAAAUUUGUUCUGAAUCUUUUUGACCUUCUGCAUUUCUAUAAAUUUUGAAACAAAGAGUCCUCAAAUUUAUCUGUGGUGAUGCAUGAAAUAUAGAUAGCUGCUCUUGCCCAUUUAUAGGAGGUUUAUUGUACCGACCUUGAUUUUGUUCUAACAUAUUUGAGUACUUGAAAGCUG